AUGGCGGCGCGGCCGGCCCUGCCCGACUCGGUGCUGGUGCGGGUCUUGGCGCUGCUGCCGCUGCGGGACCGCCUGCGAGCGGCCAGGGUCUGCCGGCGGUGGCAGCAGCUGGCGCAGGACCGGGCGGUCUGGACGCAUGUGGAUUUGAGCCCUCACCGGAUCACCCGCCGCACGCUGUGGCACCUGGUGCGCCACCGCCUCCCCGACAGCCUGCGCACCCUGCGGAUGCGGGGCGUGCCUCGCUCCGGCCGCAAGCAGCGGCUCCUCUCACCGGCACUGCUGGCCGCCCUGCGGAAGCGCUGUCCCCAGCUCCACCGGCUGUGCCUGACCGAGACUGACCUCCGCCGUGUCCCGUACGAGAGCAUGCCCGCUUCUGUCACCGCGCUGGAGCUGAGCCUCUGCGACAUCCCCGAUGCCUGGUUCUGCGUCUCCCCUCGGGUGCCACCCCCACAGGUACGACACCUCGCUGUCCACAGCGUUCCCACCUUUUCUGACCAUCAUCUUCUUGACGUUUCCUCACAGAAACACUUGAAGACGCUGAGUCUUUGUGGCACCUACCGCAUCACUGAUAAGGGGAUCCAAGCAGCAGCUCCACACCUGGAAGAGCUCGAACGCCUGAUCCUACGGCACUGCAGCAUUGGCGAUGCUGCCAUGGUAUUCAUCGGGCGCCACAUGAAGCAGCUCCGCUACCUGGAAAUCAGCAAUGCCUACUUCCUGACAAACAGGGGGCUGGCUGCUAUUGUGACACUGGAGCACCUGGAGACCCUGUGCCUUGACCUCUAUGAUUUGGUCUCCCUUGGUACUGUUAUCGCUUUGUUGCAAGUGCUGCCUCGCCUGAACCACCUCAAAUUAGGUGGAACUUGCUUUGAAGAUGAACUCCUCGAUAAGAUUCAGGAGAAUUUUCCACAUUGCACCAUAUCUCACACUCCGUGACUCCUGAAGAGGUGCUAUCCUUCCUUAGUACACCUGAAGUGCUUUUUUUUUUUUUUUUUUUGGGGAUAAAGCCUGUUCCCAUAUAUAUAGCUUUGGGACAGAGAAUUCCCAUUUGCCUUAAAAAUAUUACGUUUUUCACAUAACUAUGUGAAAAGAGGUUGCCAUGAAAAUAACAAAGCUUGUAAACAAGCUUUUGGUAGGAUUCCCCUCUCCAUGUUUUCCAUGGGUCAGAGGAAUAGGGAAGCUGGGAAGCACACCUAGCCUUAGAGAACCUCACUGAGCAAAAACUGGCUGGGGUGAUGACAAGUGUAAGCUCUGUCUUCUCCUCUUUCUCCACUGCCAAGGAUUAGGCAGCAGCUUAAUGAGUGCAGAAUUCAAGGAGUGAAGUGAGGCGCCCUUCUGUCAUAGAAAAAACAGACCUGGCAGCCAAAACCUCACAGUUACCAAUUCCUUCUCCUUUCCUUCAAAUUCAAAUCUUCAAACCACUUGUCAGACUGGUCAUGAGGACCCCUGAACACCUGGUCUCAAGAGCCAGACAUCCUGUUUGCCCCAGAUAUUGCUGGGGCUGUCGUUACCUCUGGAUUUUGCUGGUAACAUCCACAUCUUCUCAUCACCUUCUAUUGUCUGCAUUCACAUCCUCCUCCUCCUCAUCCCCCAAUACUUUAACAUCAGAUAACCAUCUAAAUGUUAGGUUGUUGUUCUUAACUUUUAGUCUAUGUUUUUAAACAAAUAUCGUAUUUAUUUUAAAAAACUUGCAAGAUUUAACUUUCAUUUGAAUCCUUGCUUUUAGGACUUGUUUUUUUUGUUUUUUCAUUUUGUUUUAAACCUGCUUUGGCAUCUCUCCUGCCCUCUUGCUUGUGACAAGAGGAUCCCAGAGGAAACAGAGCAGGACACCUAAUCCUCCGUCGAGCCUUUUCUGCCCUGUUUUCACCCCAGAUACCCCCUGCCCUCCAUUCAGUUGCAGCACAUGCAGUAAACCUUUGGGAUUCAGAUGGUCCUGGACGGCAGUGACCCUCCCUGCAGUAAAAUCCUCAUUUCUGUAGGGUGGUCUUUGUGCCCUUGUCCUUUUUUUUGAUCCUAAACCCAGUCUCAGGGUGCCUUCAGGGCAAAUAUCCAAAGGUAAAACAUUCCAGCUCUGCUUUGGAAAACAUCCCAAGGCUGCUGACUUAGUAACUACAGCUCCGUGUUUAUCCCAGACAAUGAGAUCAACACUGGUGGAAUCAGCCUCAUUAAAACCUCCAGCAUUCCCUGUUCCAGCACUCUCUGGGAUGGGGAGGGACAGUACAACAGGAAAAGGGAAAACCAAAACCAAAAAAAUCCAUCAGUCAAUCAAGGCACAGUGAGAUGCAGCAAGAACCUCAGUGUUCUCCUGAUCUUCGCAAACCUGAUGGCACAACAACAGAAUUUAAUAU